UUUCUCUCUCUCUCUUUCUCUCUCUCUCUCUGUCUCGCUCCCUCUGUCUCUCACUCCAUUCCUCUGGGAUCUGCAUCCUUCUUGCUUCUUCUCACAAGUCAGAUUGUGUUUGUAAGUACGGGCUGAAUGUCUCCCUGUGUAUGCUUGGGUUUCCUUAGGUCUUUUUGUAUGUAUGAGUGACUGUUUGCCUACUUUAGUGUGACUGAGCAGAGCAGUGGAGUAUCAAGUGUAUGUGGGUCUCUGUCUCACCCUCACACACUCGCCGGUCCUCUUGCAACUCUUCUCGGGAUCUUUGGAUCCCUUUCGACGGUGACAGGCUCCCCACACCAAGCAGUCACCAUUUCCGCCCCCGGGAGACCCACGCUGGCAGCGCAGCCCCUUCCCCGACUCAGCAUCGGGAGGAAGACCCUGGUGGCGGCUGCCGUAGGGGUUAUGCUGGUCCUGGUGCUGGUGGUCCUCAUCCCUGUGCUCGUCAGCUCUGUGGGUACAGAUGCCAGCCACUAUGAGAUGCUGGGCACCUGUCGUAUGGUGUGCGACCCCUACCUGAACAAGGGCACUCCAGCCAGCAGCACCAGCUCCACCGGUCUACAGGCUGAGGCAGAGGCUUUAAGCGACCACAGCAACGUGCUUCCACCCUCCACCUUACUGCAGGGCCCACAGGGGAAGCCUGGCAGGCCAGGCAAGCCCGGACCACCUGGACCACCGGGAGAGCCGGGGCCGCCAGGACCUGCUGGGCCUCCCGGUGACAGAGGGGAUCAGGGAAGGACUGGGAUUUUGGGUCUGGGGGGAAACGGAGCUAUCAGCACAGCUACCUACAGCACGGUGCCUCGGGUGGCCUUCUAUGCAGGGCUUAAGAACCCGCACGAAGGCUAUGAGAUCCUCAAGUUUGACGACGUGGUCACCAACCUCGGCAACAACUAUGAUGGCAUUUCGGGCAAAUUCAUCUGCAGCAUACCAGGCACAUACUUCUUCAUCUACCAUGUGCUGAUGAGAGGAGGGGAUGGCACCAGCAUGUGGGCAGACCUCUGCAAGAAUGGCCAGGUUCGUGCCAGUGCCAUCGCUCAAGACGCUGACCAGAACUAUGACUACGCCUCUAACAGCGUCAUCCUCCAUCUGGAUGCAGGGGACGAGGUUUACAUCAAACUGGACGGAGGCAAAGCCCACGGAGGGAACAACAACAAGUACAGCACCUUCUCUGGCUUCAUCCUCUACGCAGACUGAGAACAGACAGACACAGAGACAGUGAGACAGGAAGAGAUUGAGAGAAAGAGUUGGGGGGUGGGUUUUUGGGGUGUGUGUGUGUGUGAGUGUAAAAGCUGGAAUGCUUUCUAGUUUUCCUAAUUCUCUCCAUCAUCACGGACACCUCUGCUUCAUAUCCAUCAGCAAAGGCAUUCAGGCUCUGUAGCCGAGCCUGGAUGCAAAGCUCCUGAGGACACACUGAGAGGGGCCGGGUGGGAUGAGUGGGACGUGGGGUGGAUGUGGGCUGGUUCUUCCACACUCCUCGCCACGCCGCCGACGUGUCAGAAGCUCCUCGCUUUCAGUGUUUUCUCCUCUUCAGCCCUGCUCCAUUGCACAGAAAUAUCAACAGCAAAAAUGAAAACCCUGCAAAAAGUGGAUGGUCUCACCUCUUCUCUCCUCAGUGGCAACAGUCGGCUGUACUGUCAGUGGACUCAAUUGACUGAAACUCGUAGUGUUGUUCCGUGCAAUUUCCUUAGAGUGUGUUUUUAUUUUGUAGACAUGCAUAAUAUUCUACACAAAUGAGAUUAAAAAAAAGAGAAUAUAUUUGUCCCUUGUGAAGAUAUCCUGUUUGACUGAGAGAACGGGUUUGUGAGAUGUUAUUUGUGAUGCAGCUCAGACAUCUAACAGCUGGAAAAGAAAUCUUUAAGACUGUCAGUAUUUCAUGGCAGUGGGUGUUUUUCCUUCAUUGCUGGGUACAGCAAGAUAAUUAUAUAUUGUUCAUGUGGAGAAUAACAAUACAUUCUGCACUGUACCUUCCAAUGUAUCUAAGAAAAAGGAAACGUCUCAUGUAGAAAAUAUCCUUUUCAUGAACCACCUCACACUGUUUGCACAUGCACAAUGUCCUGCUGCUGUUCGGAUUAAAAGUAGAGUUCAAAUCGU